AUGCGGCUCUUUGCGCAAUUUAUCACCAUUGGACUGGCCGCUAGCCAACUUAUUGGACCGGUCGGACCUACCACACCACUUAAGAAAAAGACCGUCGAGUGCAAUGUUUUGAAUUAUGGUGCAUUUGCAGACAACUCUACUGAUAUAUCCUUCGCGAUUGAGCAAACAUUCACAGAAUGUGUCCUCAAAUGCCCCGGAAGUCGGUUAAUUAUACCAAAGGGCAAUUAUCUUCUGACCAGAAGUGUCGUUCUCAGUAACGGGAUCAAUUGGGCAUUUCAGUUGGAUGGCUUGAUUACCGCAGCGUAUGAAGGGAAUUGGACCGUUGACCGCAGUUUGAUCCUCGAAGGGUCUGCUGGUACCGAUUUGAUCAAUUCAACGAUCAAUGGAGAAGGCGACGGGAAGUUCUUGCUGGAUGUCCUUGUUAUCGUCAAUGCCAUCGACUUCGAAUUCUAUUCGUUGACGGGAUCGGGCGCUAUCCAGGGACAAGGGUAUCUCUAUCGAAAUGGAAACAAUACUGAGCGUCCGCGCCUGGUUAGACUGAUUUCGCCAACCAACGCCACUAUUCAUGACUUGAUCCUGGUUGACAGUCCGAAAUUUCACCUUGUGCUAGAUUUCGUUUUGAAUGUCGAAGUAUAUCACCUGACGAUACGCGGGGCAAAUUUGGGUAGUUAUGAUGGCAUAGACGCGAUUGGAAGCAAUUACUACAUUCAUGAUAAUGAGGUCACCAAUAGAGACGAAUGUGUCUCGAUCAAAAGCCCAUCACACUUUGCCUUGAUAGAGAAUCUCGUCUGCAAUCAAGCUGGAUCAGGCGUCUCUAUUGGCAGUUUGAAUGUGUCAGCAGAGAUAUCAAAUAUUGUACGAUGCAUACCACGGGUUCUCACGAAAUUCCCUGUGUACUCACUGUUCGAGCAGGAAGCACGGAAUAUAAACAUUAUUCAAGGCAACAACAUCGCGUUCAUAAAGACCUACCCAGGAGGGUCCGGAUAUGUGACAAACGUGACAUUCUCUAACUUCCGCUCUCUGUCUAGUCUCUAUGGCCUUAAUAUCAAUCAGUACUGGCAGAAUACCUUUGUCCCAGACACUGGUUCUGUGUCACUGAGUAACCUUGUGUUCCGCUCCGUUGCCGAUGGCACAAAAAGAGGACCACUCAACCUGAUCGGAAAUGAUUUGACCUUUGUCAUUAAUACCACUAUCGAAGACUUCGCCAUAUGGACUGAAACUGGAAGUGCAAUUGUGAACACAAUCAACAAUGUGUUUGGAUCUGGCGAUGAUAACUACGGUGCGAACGACGGCAUACAAACUCUUAAUGACACUGAGUCGCCAUACACAUAUACCAGCACUUAUACUGUUACGGAAACUCCAAGCAAUUGGCAGGUACCAGGCACUCCGACGUGGGCUGCGCCUAGCACCGGCUAUGGUACUUCGACGCCCAUUCCGGUCUACGAACCUGCUCCACUUUGGCGUCCAGGCUCUGUCGACUAUGAACUACAUUAUUGGGGUUCAUUUUAG